GCAGAGGCGAAGAACAAACGUAACCGUGAAAUCGCGGUCCACCAUGCACGGCUGAUCCAAGCCCAGAAGGAUGCCGAGGCUCGCAUCCUCGAGUCGAUAGAAGAGCUGAUUGAAUUCCCGCUAUCAAAAGACGCUGAUCCGGCUAAUCCUGCAGCUUCCGACCUUCAACGAAUUCAGACGCUGCUCGCGGCCUUUCAACCCAGCGACUUCGAUGACCUCCUCGAAGAACGACGCUGCGCGGACCUGUGUGCGUAUGUGCUAUGUCCUCGCCAACCGCGACGACAGCUAGGGGACUCGGAGUUUGAUUUGGUGUGGGGUGUCGCAGACAUGAAGAUCCUUCCGCAUCGAAACACGAAGCUCUGGUGCUCGCCGGAGUGCGCCAAGCGGGCGAUAUACAUCAAAGUCCAACUGAUCGAAGAGCCCGUCGCGUUCCGAAAAUCUGGAGCCACGCCGCCUAUCUCGAUCCUGAAGGAAACAUCCGGAGACGACCCGGUGGUUCCGGACAUCAGGAAGCCAACAGCGGAUCGGAAUCCGGACUUGAGUCGUGCGUUGGCACAACUGGCUCUCGAACGGGGUGACAAGAUCUCGUCCACUCGAGCAACCGACCUGAUGCAGAGCGAUAUCGUCGAAAAGCCCGUCUCGGGAGCCCCCGCAGCGCCCACUCAACUGGCUGCUACCGGUUAUGGAUCGAUAGAGGGGUACAUACCC